AGAGAGAGAGGGAGCCGUCUCUAGGGCCCUGGGCAGGCCCCUCCUGGCACCCCAAGCUGUCAGCAUGUCGGGGUGUCCCUGGGCUCCGGGGAUUACGGCCCCCUCACUGCUGGUGAAGCCAUUGGAGGCUGCGCGCUUCGGAAUUGAGACGCUCGUAUUUUUUCAUGAUCCUUUCUUUCUCCAGGUCCAUAGCUUGGACCUUGCCUUUGGCCUAGAAAAGAGUGGUUUCCAUAGAAACGUGCUCUAUAGACGGGUUAUCCUGCUGCUCUGGCUGCUAUGUAAGUAUUUGAGAGAGGGUGUUUUCUAGUUUUACUUUGCAUAUUGAUUUCUUCCAAAAGUACCAUCCAAAAGAUCCAAAUGAAUGCCCACUUUGAUUCUGAUUUCAUAAUGGAAAUAAAUGCAGCUCCUUAACGAACAGUUCCAUAAUAAAGCAGCUUCAUGGUGAAGCACAAAUGAACAUUAGAAUAGCCAAGUGCUAGGGCUCUGCUCCUCCAUUCCCUCCCGAUUUUACUGUCCCGAAUCAUCCGCAGUCCGGGCCCGUCUCUCAAAAGCGGGACUUUGGCCCCAGAUCUUCACUUUAUAAAACGCCAGAUCGCAGUUAUUUUGAUUUCGUCUGUUCCUUGAACGUAAUUCUGAAUUAAGGAUUUCAAAUAAAAACAGGCGAUGCCUAGAAGCCGGAUGCGUCUGAGCUUCGAUCACGCAGCAAUUGAGGUGCUGGUGGCCCCGGGCGGACGCGCGUGGCCGCCGCUCCCCGCGCAGCCUCCGGCACGCCCCGCCCCCUCCUGGUCCCGCCCCCGCGCGCAGCUACCCCCGCUUUUAGUGGCUGCCCAGGCCGGACAUCCGGUUUACUGGCGCGUCUCAAGGUGGAGGGCGGGUCUAAUGGGCAAACCCCGAAGCUCAUUGGUUUCUCUCUGUGUCCGGCUUUCUUCACUCCUCCUCAUUGGGUGACGCGCUCGGAAGGCGGGAAGGGCCUCGCCAUGGCGGACGGCGGCGGCUGGCGGCCGCCGCGCCCGUGCGAGGCCUACGGCGCCGAGUGGAGGCUGUGCCGCAGCGCCCGGCACCUGCUGCACCACCUCUACGCGUUCGGCGAGCGGCCGGCCUGCGAGCAGUGGCGCCGCGACCUGGCCCGCUGCCGCGAGUGGGAGCAGCGCCGCAGCGCCGAGGCGCGGCGAUCCCUGUGUGAGAGUGAGUGGGCGCGAGUCCAAGCUGCAGGCAAGCACCCCCCGGUGUGGACUCCAAGGCAGAGCCCCCCUGCAGAGUGGCACCACCCACUGCCACAGGAGGAAGACAAGUGAUGGCACCGUGGCCCACGUGAAGUCCACACAGCUGUCUGAAGCGGGGCUGUUGUGCAGCACUCAGGACUGACCAUCCCCAGUCUAGAGGGUCCCUGCGAGUGCCCACCUGGCUGAGACGUGGGGCAGGUGCCCAUAGCCCCUCUGGCUCCAGCCCCAGCUGUGUUCAGCCUGGAAGACAGUCAUACCCGUUCCACAGCCACCAGCAGCCAGGCAGCGUCGAGGUGGCCGUGAGGCCUAGAACCCUCAGGUGAGCUUCUGGGGUUAUCCCUGACCUGUGUGGACACAAGAGGGUCAGUGUGAGGUGCUGUGAUGGGCUGAGGUGUGUCCCCGAUACACCUGUGUGCCCAUCCUGAGCCGCGUCCCUGUGGGCAUGAACCAUUGUAGAUAGGACCUUUAGAAGAUGUCCUUUCAGGCCAAGGUGUGACGAGCUGAACCAGGUGGGCCUUAAUCCGGCUUACCAGAGGCCUUAUAAAGAGAACCCGCAAGUCACAGAAGCAAGAGGGCUUCCUCGUGUGACGGAAGGCAGACACAAGCCGAGAACCCCAAGGACUGCCGGCAGUCAGCACCAGAGCACUACGGAUUUUGGGGAGAAAGCCUGGUCUCAUCAACACCUUGAUUUGGACUUCUGGCCUCUGAAACCAUGGGCCAAUAAAUGCCUGUUGUUCAGCCAA